UACAAUAAUUAUGAAAUUCAGUGAAUGGUACAUGUUUGUAAAUCACAAGACUCUGUGAAUAUGGAAUAUCCAUAAGGGUUUGCCAGAUGUCAGAUGUGGGGUGAAGACAUAUUCUCCACCCCUGACUUGGGGAGGCUGUGUGGCCCUAGUUCUGAGUCCUUCGCUGUCAUCCCUGUCCCCAUUGCCCCAGAAGAGAACGUGUGAUCCCUCCAGUGAGACAGACGGCGGUUCUGAGUGAGACUCCCUGCUCAGCGAGCUGCCCACUUUGUGUGGAGUGUGUGCUAUCAAAAGAAAUAAAUAAGCACAACUUACGUAGAAUUGUAAAAGGAGUUAAAUAAAUGUUUCUGGUUUUUACUGAAAGUAAGGCUUGAGGUUAAACCCUAAUUUAGAUGGUAUAUCUGUAUAUAUUUAGUGACAUCUGUUUAUUUAUUAUAGUGAUUCUUGGGGGAGAAACCAGAAAAAAAUAGGUUAUUCCAAAUUCUAGAGGUUUUCUGAUAAAAUAAUGCCUGCAACCUCUUACAACCUAAGAAACCAGUCAUUUCCUUUCAUGCUCAAAGUCGCUGCAUACUUCCAUGAGGAGGAGAGGCAGCCCUUUGCCCGUGGCCCCUGGUUUGCAGAGAAAGCUUCUGUUCCAUGCUGCUUGCUGCGGUGAUGAACCACGGUCAUUUCCUGCCUAGUAUUUGCCCCCAGUAUAGUCACUACAGCACAUUUCCUCACCAAAAUUCUCUUGAGAAAGCUUAUAAUUAAAUGUGUCUAGCUUCCUCGUUUCUGGGCGUCUUAGGUGGUAUGUGCACGUCCCCAGGCAGACCCUCAUUGUGUCCCUCAGACCCAGAGUCUCCAAGUGCCGAGGCUCGUUUCCGCCACCUCCGCGGCUCUCCUAGGCCCUGCCUCCCGGCCGCCCUCGCUCUCCCGGCGGGGCUGUGCGGCUGCUCCGCACCCUUCUGCCUGUGGGCUGGUGGGCACACCAGGCCGCGCUCCGGCUCCCGCUGCCUGGAGCCCCGCGUGCCGCCGAGGCCCGCCCUGCCCCUCGGCGGAGUCCCGCCUUCCGUGGUGCCCUCACGGCCCGCCCAGGUCAGAGGUCUGCGUGUUCUGUGCUGGAUACGUCACCGAAACCCUGUACAUCCGUUCCACACCACGUGCGUGCUCGUGCAGAUGAAGAAGCAGAAGCUGGCUUCAGGAGGUUUAAGAAAAGACAGCCACACAUUGCAGUCGAGGACAGAGGCCACCCCGUCGCCCACUGACAGCCCGGGGAGUGGACACCCCGAGUACAUCGCAUACGCGCUGGUGCCUGUGUUCUUCAUCACGGGCCUCUUUGGCGUCCUGGUCUGCCACCUGCUGAAGAAGAAGGGCUACCGCUGCACCACAGAGGCUGAGCAGGACGCCGGCGGGGAAAAGGCUGACAAGAUAGAAUUGAACGAUAGUAUAAAUGAAAACAGUGACACUGUUGGGCAAAUUGUCCAUUACAUCAUGAAAAAUGAAGCAAAUGCUGAUGUCUUAAAGGCAAUGGUAGCAGAUAAUAGCGUGUAUGAUCCUGAAAGCCCUGUGACCCCCAGCACUCCUGGGAGCCCGCCUGUGAGCCCUGGGCCUCUGUCCCCAGGGGGCACCCCAGGGAAGCACGUCUGUGGCCACCAUUUGCACACUGUGGGUGGUGUGGUCGAGAGGGACGUGUGUCAUCGGUGCAGGCACAAGCGGUGGCACUUCAUAAAGCCGACCACCAAGUCCAGAGAGGGCCGGUCAAGGCGCCAGGGAGAGGUCACCGUCCUCUCUGUCGGCAGGUUUAGGGUCACAAAAGUGGAACACAAGUCACACCAGAAGGAGCGGAGAAGUUUGAUGUCUGUUGGUGGAUCCGAAAGCGUCAAUGGGGAGGUGCCGGUGACACCCGUGAAGAGGGAACGGAGCGACACAGAGUAGCAGCAGUGACUUUGAAGAAUUCUAAGAGACUGAAAACUUAUAAGACAUGAAGUUGCCUAGCAAAUAUUUUUACAUAUUUUAUACAAUGUCUAUCAUGGAAUCAACAGGAAUGUGGAUAAAACCUAAAAGGGAAUAAUAUUAUUGCUAUGCUGGAUAUAGAAUUCAGUUUGCUUUGAAAGAAGUUUUGGUUUAAACAGUCUGAUGAAAAAUGUAUUAUAUUCCCAGGGAAGGAAAGAGCUCAUUUGUUAUCUUCCUAGCCACCCUUAGCCACCUGCCACUCCCCCAGCCCCUGCCCCAGCCUCAUGUCCACAGGGCAGUUUGGACAGUGGGACUGCUCAUUGUGGUCACUAUGGGCAGUGGGACUGCUCAUUGUGGUCACUAUGGGCAGUGGGACUGCUCACGUACGGUCUGAGCUCGUGCUUGUGUGUGUGUGUGUGUGCGCGUGUUUGGUUCUUACAUUCUGUUUUGAUACUGGUUGUAAAAAGAUCAUCAUAAAUACAGUUUAGCUGUUACAAAAGAUAAAAGAUGAAUCUCCAGUGGUCAAAGGUCCUGAGAAACUGAUCUCCCAUGAGAUCGUGGAGUCAGAUGGGACCAGAUGCUAGACUUCAAAUUCCUAGACCACGAAUUCAGCAUCAACUCCAGCUAUCGUGCCACUCCUAGGUCACGUAUAAAAUACUGAGUUUUUUUUUUUUCAACUUGAGCUAAGCAAUUCUUGUUUAGUCCACUGAUUAAAGGGGAAAAAUAGUUUAAAGUCACUUAAAAAAAUUCUUGUUUUGACAACCCAAAGGCCAAAACAGAAGAACCUACCUCUGGCAUGUUUUUCUUGGUAUGCUUCCUGUUUUCAAUCUUGUGAUUACUGCUUAUUAUUUAAAAGACUCUUAGUCGUUACUUUCCCUUUAGGCCUGGCAAACUCUCUCUCUUUUUUUUAACUUUACAUUUUACAAAACACCUGAAAAAACCCAGAGGCAAAUAUAGGUAAUACAUUAUUUGUGGCAGGUCUGGGCGAGGGCUGGGGAAGUCCUGUUCUAGGGACUCUCCAAGACCUGCCUCCAUGGCAGUGCUGGGAAGUGACUGGGGCACUUCUUUAAUUUCAAAGAGAAAAAGCACAUUUCUCAUUUGGCUCCCAAAAGAUGAUUUCUAUCAGAAUAUACUUCAAAGUAUUUACUGUAAAUAUACUUACUCAAUUCAGUUUCUGGCACCAAACUAAAAAUUUCUAACCUUUUAAAUGACUGGUGAAUUCAAUUUCAUGUGAAUUUUUAAUGACAACUAAUAAAUGGAAUAUGUGUGUACAUUUACAUACACAGUGGAAAAGAAGUCAGUAUGUAAACCAAUUUCACUGAGGUCCAGAAAGUAGCUAUAUAGGGAUUUUAGGGGUGUACAUUAGUGUAAAUAAUACAUAUGCAGUGUAGGUCAAUAGUUUUAAUAAAAAACAAAACACAAGCAUAAUUUUUUGCUUUCAAAAUAUUAUGCCCUCAAAAUGGUGAGGGAUAAAAUGUAAGAUAUUCUUCAACUUUAAAUAUUUCUUAAUUUUAUUCAAGUCUGAGCACUUUUUAUAUAGCAAUAAAACAGGCAAGAGAAUACUCAGAAAUAUUUAAAAUUGUAUUUAUACCAAGAGUACGUUUUAAAUAUUUUCUAAUACUUGAGCAGUUUUUGUCUGGCUGGCCUCCAAAUAUGCCAAAAGUUAAGCAUUCUUAUUUUCAACACAUGCGCGUUUUGCUGUCUGUACUUUGCUAUCUGGUGAGAAUUCAUGAGUGUCCAGAGUGACUGAUGUUUACAGACCUUGUGUUUUUCCUCCUCCUUUAUCAGGAUUGGAAUCCACAACAAAUCCUACAUAAAACACUAAUGAAGAAUGGCUUUUUGUGUCAUCAGUGAGUUGGCUACCACCUUGAUGUAAAAUUUGUAAAGGAAAUUUUUCACCUUUUUGAGUGUCAAAUGUAUUUUUAACUGUCUGGUUUGUACUUUUAUGACUUUUGUACUACCAAAGCAGAGUUAAAAAUAAAAAUGUUAAAGAAUGUGUUGUUUUGAAUGAACCAA